UACUACACAUCCGACUGAUAUACGGAUCUAAGCUCUAUGUAUCAGCAGCCGUGCAGCGUGUCAGCCGUCCGUUCAACCACGAUAAACGCCACUACCGCUCCACCACUCUCCCCUGCUCUAUAUAUACGCGGCGCACCAGUGCAGCAAGCAACAAUAAAGGCUGCGACUAGGAGAGCGGGCUUCGACUGAGCGAGCCAGCCGAGCGCCCGAGAGAGGAAGGGAUUAAUGGGUGAGGAGGCCAGCUGCGACACCGUGAGCGUGAUGGAGGUCGCCGCCAACGCCAAGCAGGCGGCCAAGGAGAACGGCCGCGCGGCGGCGGCGGUGGCGGCGGAGGCCGUGGCGGCCCCUGUGGCCGUGGCCGACCCCCGUCUGCAUGGCAUCUUCGACGCCAUCCGCGUCGUCCCCCACUUCCCCAAGCCAGGCAUCAUGUUCAACGACAUCACGACGCUGCUGCUGCGGCCGGGGGUGUUCAAGGACGCCGCGGACAUGUUCGUGGAGCGCUACCGCGGCAUGGGCAUCGACGCCGUUGCCGGGAUUGAGGCCAGGGGUUUCAUAUUUGGCCCAGCAAUUGCAUUGGCCAUUGGCGCGAAGUUCAUACCGUUGCGUAAGCCUAGAAAACUCCCUGGUGAGGUGAUUUCCGAGACCUAUGUUCUUGAGUACGGAACUGAUUGUUUGGAGAUGCAUGUUGGAGCUAUCGAACCUGGUGAACGUGUACUGAUCGUUGAUGAUUUGGUUGCAACUGGUGGGACACUUUGUGCUGCGAUAAGGCUCCUCGAACGCGCUGGAGCUGAUGUGGUUGAGUGCGCAUGUCUCAUUGGGCUCCCAAAAUUUAAGGAUUUCUACAAGCUCAAUGGAAAGCCUGUCUAUGUACUGGUGGAGUCCCGUGAAUCUGAAACCGAGAAUUGAUCGACAGGAAUGCUGAUGGGUUCGUUCCUUACUACUGCAAGCGAACGGUGGAUGGACCUCAACAACAAUGCGGUACAUUAUUAAGGCUACCUGCUGAGUAUUGGUGAUAGGAGACUAGGGAGCAAUGAGUGUAGCCUUGUAGGCCGAGUAGUUUUUCGGAGAACUGAAGUGCUUGUGGUUCUGCCGGGAACAUGAUUUAUUAGCUGAAAUGGGAGUUCUGUCGUUCCAUUCUUGAUCGAAA